ACCACACUCAGAGCUUCAACAAUCACACCAGAUUUCUAUCAUGCGCCUCAUAAACUGCUCAACACUUGAGCUCGAGGAGUUUUUCGGAAGCAAGGUUCCGCCUUAUGCAAUCCUAUCGCACACCUGGGGCAAUGACGAGGUGACAUUCAUGGACUUACCUCUCUAUGCACCGGCGACACAAGCCCGAGCGGGAUACCAGAAGAUUGAGUUCACCUGCAAGCAAGCAAUCCGUGAUCAACUCAAGUAUGCAUGGGUCGAUACUUGCUGCAUUGAUAAAAGAUCCAGCUCAGAGCUUUCCGAGGCUAUCAACUCCAUGUAUGCCUGGUACCGGGCCGCCCGUCGUUGCUAUGCCUAUCUCUCAGACGUCGUGGAAGAAUACAUGGGUGAAGAGUUUCGCAAAAGUAGAUGGUUUACCAGAGGCUGGACGCUGCAAGAACUCUUGGCACCAACAGAAGUAGUCUUCUACAACUGCAACUGGCACCGGUUAGGCCUAAGGCUCCACCAUUCGCAGUUGAUAUCCAAAAUAACGGGAAUAGAUGAGGGCGCUUUGGGAAUAAGGAGACUCACAUGGCCUAAGAACCGUGAUAUGCUUGGUGCCUAUUGUGUUGCGAAAAAAAUGGCGUGGGCCUCGUCAAGAGAUACGACCCGUAUAGAAGACAUGGCGUACUGUCUGUUGGGGAUGUUCGAAAUCAACAUGCCACUACUCUAUGGGGAAGGUGACCGGGCCUUUCAUCGCCUGCAAGAAGAGAUCAUUCGAAGAGUGAACGAUGAUUCCAUAUUUGCUUGGGGACCCCGGAUUGACAUUAGCCCCGGUUACAACUGCUCUAGUCACAAGAUAUUGGCAAGCUCGCCCAAGGACUUCACCAGUUGCCGCAACUUGGAAUACGCUGAAAACCCAACCAUUCCGCCGACUCUUGCAAGCCUCGGAUUGACUAUACGAUUAUCACUG